CUGCCACAUGCGUCGAAGCUUGAGCUAACUUAAAUUGCCGUAACAACUUGGCAUCGAAUGAUGACACUGCAACCCAAGGAAGCUACACUGCAUCGAAUUUCGACAUGACAUGACUUGUUAAAGUCAACCUCCUCCUUCCUGUCCAUAAAUAUUCUCUCUUCUUCCGUCUCUUUUCAUCCAUCUUGCUUUCAACCACAAACCGCGCAAGAUGGACAUCAUGGAGAGCCUUAAGCAGGCUCUGGAGUACAUCCUGACCCCCUCAACAGAAAUCUUCAUCGUCGGCGCUAUAAUCGUGCUCGUCCUCCCGAUCCUCGUCCACUUCUACAUCUCGCAAAGCACGCCCUACACAAGCCUCCCCUCGAUCCUCCUCGUCGGGCCUCCAGGCAGCGGCAAGACAUCCUUAAUGACACUACUCGAGCGCGGCGACUCCGCCACCGCAACACACACCUCGCAGGUCCCCGAAUCCAUCGAAUUGACCGUAUCCAGCGACCACGGAGCGACCACGUUCCGCGAAGCCGCGCGCAUGGACGCCCCGGGCACGCACCGGAAGUUCCUCCUCGUCGACACCCCGGGGCACGGCAAGCUGCGGAACCAGCACGCCAUGACGCACAUCGCCUCCGACACGCUGCGCGGCAUCAUCUACAUGCUCGACGCCGCGAGCCUCGACGACUGUCUCGCGGACACAGCCAGCUUCCUCUACGACAUCCUGCUCACGCUGCAGAAGCGCACCGGCGCGGGAAAGACGUCGAAGACGCCUAACGCGAUCCACGUCCUGCUCGCCGCGAAUAAGUUGGAUUUGUUCACUGCCUUGCCUGCCUCGCUUGUCAAGAGUAACCUCGAGGUCGAGCUCGGCCGGAUACGACAGUCCCGCAGCAAGGGCCUUCUAGACUCGGGUGUUGGCGAGGACGAGAUCGGAUCCGAGGAACAGGAUGGUUGGCUGGGCGCAUAUGGCUCUGAGAAGUUUACGUUUGGCCAGAUGAGGGAGUUUGAUAUCGAGGUUGAUAUUAUUGGCGGGAGCGUGCUUGAGGGCAAGGUUGAUAAGUGGUGGAACUGGAUAUCGGACCGGAUCUAGGUGCCCUCAUCAUGGGUUAUGCUGGGUUGUUUGGUUAGUGUGGUAAUAUCUCUGGAUGUGACGGCUUGUUCACAACGAAUUCGAUGUGGACGUUAUGCGGUUACGUCCGACAUGUCGGGUAUUGGAAUGCUUAUGUGUAUCCACCUAUAAUUAUGAGAGAUGAUCUCGUUUAAAAGAGUUGUUGUGUACUAUCAACCUGGUUGCUAUUGACUAUCGUCUGAUGUUGUCGGCAUGUGGAUACGAAAGAGUACAGCUCAUGAAUAGUCGCCUCAUAAUAUGUUACGAUUUAAAA